AUGGCUUCUACAGAACCGACUUCAGAAUCAACUACAAAAGAACCUACUAAGGAAUUUUAUAUCGAAACGAUAGAAGGUGGCAAAUACCGCGACUUCAUCCCUAUGAACGCUAUAUGGACAUGCUCCUUUGGACCACUGCAUCCCUACAGCGCCCGAUGCGGACAAAGGAAUGAGGACAUAACGAACAAGAUUUGUUCCAAGUGUGGUAAAGAACGUAGCUUCGGUGCAACGGCCGACCUAGGACAGAAGACAUCCUCGCGUGGGAAACGAGGAAAGUUUUGGUUUCUUGCUGGCCACGAUGACGAUGGCAGUGAGCUCUGGACAGAUAAUUUCAUUUUGGACUGA